CAGAGUUAUCGAUAACGUUGCAUCGUAAACUAUAAGCUGCUUUGCUCGUUCAGCGUUUAUUAAGUUGAUUUAAUUUGAUUUGUUUAUUUGACGAAAAAAGAAAUGGCAUUCCAAUUGCCCACGACAACUGCAGCGAGCGCGCCCAACUUUUCGUUUGGCCUGAACACCGCACCAGCCACUGCUAAUACCGGCGCCGCCGCAAAUCCCGCCAAACCGGCCACAUUUUCAUUUGCACCACCAUCGCAAGCGGCCAAUGUAGGCGGUGGCGAUGCAGACGCUGCGAAAUCGGCAGCGCCGCCACCAUUUGGCGGCUUCGGCUUGUCGGUAACGCAAUCGGCGCAAGGCCUGUCAAAUCCACUCACGGGCCUAGGUGGCGGUGGACUCGGCGCAGCUGUUGCGCCAACAGCAGUCGGUGGAGCUGCACCAGCCGCUGCACCAGCGCCCGCCUUUGGAGGAUUUAUGUCUCAGCCGGCGGCGGCGUCGUCUGUCACAACAACAACAGCAGCAGCAGCAGCCACAACAGCCAAUCCACUCGGCGGCGGCCUCUCACUGGGAUUGACCACGGCACCCAAAAACACAACAUCCAUUGCACCCGUUUCCGCUGCCCCUGCAGCCUCACUCGCUGGCGCAGCACCUGCCGCUGGAGCUGGGGCUUUUGCAAACCUGUCCACAGCGACCAAAACUACAGAUUCGUCAACUGUUGCGAAUGCUACACAAUUGUCGUACAACCAGCUGGAGGAGCACAUCAACAAAUGGACGCUGGAGUUUGAGGAGCAGGAGAAGGUCUUCACCGAGCAGGCAACACAGAUAAAUGCCUGGGACAAGCUGCUCAUUGGCAACAAUCAGAAGAUCAUCGAGCUAAACGAUGCCGUGCAAAAGGUGAAGAACGAUCAACAGGUGCUCGACCAGGAACUUGAAUUCAUAGCCACACAGCACAAGGAGCUGGAGGAGAGCCUCGCGCCGCUCGAAAAGGAAUUCACAAGCUUGCCGCGCGUGGAUCAGGAACGCAGUCAGACCUAUCUGAUGGUCGAGAACCUCGAUACGCAGCUCAAGCAGAUGUCCGAGGAUCUCAAGGAGGUGAUCGACAAUCUGAACGAGGCCAACAAGGGCCAGGACAACACAGAUCCAAUCAUACAAAUUGGCAAGAUACUCAACGCGCACAUGAACUCACUGCAAUGGAUCGAAUCGCAGUCCACGCACAUCUGCAAGAAGCUCGACGACAUUGGCAAAAUACACGAGUCCCAAAAACGCGACAUCUUUCGCGCACCUUAUUGAGUUACAUUAAAAACUUGAAUAAAAAAUCAUUUUGUAUUUGUUAUUAACAAUUGUA